AUGAUCAGUUUUGGAUGGUCGGCCGGCGACAUCUACCAGCUCGUCGUCGUCUGCCAUACUCUGGUAUCCAACUGCACGCUCGGCCCGACCUCUGCCCUCCAGGUGAUUCAGGGACUGCGUGAGGAGAUCCAGGAACUCGAGCGUCUGCUUCAGCAGCUCCAGAACCUCGUCCAGGAUGGUGGUGAGACUUCCUGCAUCGACCUGCGCGGCAUCGAGGACACUCUGCGCGAAUGCCGCAGCCAUCUGCAGAAAUACAACACCUUGCAGCAGGCGUAUGAUAACCAUUACAGGAGUCACGACGCAGAUGCCGUUCCAGUAGAGAAGAAAGUGGCAGCUUCACAGAGCAGUGGAGGUCGUGCGAGGGAGUAUUUGAUCUCCAGGCCAAAGAAUGCGGCGAAAGUCGGCACCGAGCUGGUCAGGCAUGUUACCUGGGGAGGAACGCAGGUAUCCGCUCUACAGGAGCGAGUUGCGCGACACAAGCAGUCUUUAACACUGUACCUCACAGUUCUCGAGCGAGAACGAAGCAUACGGAUGGGCAACAGGCUACAGAGCGUGGAGCGCAUGAUCCACGAACUCCAUGCCGAAACCAUGCCGCUGACUCGCUCAUACCCUCUCCAGCGUGUUGGCUCUAUUCCUGGCGCAGCCUUCAACUCGUCCAGUUCCAGCCUCCCAGACGGCCCAGCGGCCGACAACGACCGUUACCACAUAAUGCUUGAAGCCGUGGACCGCCAGCGUCAAUACGCCAUGCUCCAGCGUAGCAUGGCCGAUAGCGGUGACGACCAGGAGUGGGAAACGAUCUGUGACCAGCUGGACCUGUUCCACGAGCGGGUGCUGUAUGUUAUUGAGCGCAAGACGAACUCCAGUGCUCAGCACGGAAACGGGCGCGAAUUCAGGUCAGAAAAUGGCAGUGAUAUAGCGCUGAACAGAGCCCUACUUAACAACUCGAGAGGCGGACUCAAAUCGCCUUCCAACGAGCACCCCUCAUACCGCCGCAGAAGGCACGCAGCGCAUGAAACGCCCCUGGCAUUAAUCCGGGAUGAAACAGAGACAGAAACGGAGCAGCACACCACCAAUACAUCCAUACAGAUCAAUGGAGAAGACGAGAUGGACGAAGACGGCGGCGGAGGAGUUCUUCUCCAUCCAGCACCGUCAAUCACUACUUUGGCCUCAUACGCAUCGUCAGUCUUCUCCCAUACAACGUCAGCAAGUGCAGCUGUGACAGAUGACACUGCCGUUACCGCUAUACACAUGGAGCCUUCAGCCAGCUCGAAACCGAUGUAUCCAACCUCCGCCUCGCAACCGCUCUCCUCCAGCCCAUCAACAGCACCCUCACUCUCCAUUCCGCUGUCUACCAGCCCUGGAUCCUGCCACUCCUAUACCAUCCCUAACAGCCCUAGCCCGUCUCCCAUAGGUCACCAUCCACAGCACCGGUACUCUACCUCCAGUUAUGCCAGCACCGCGCCUAGCGUGGCUAGCAUGGAAAAUGGGAACCCCGCCUCACGCAGCAGAGGGUACAGCGUCAGCUCUCUGCCGUCGCCGGGCAACUUGCAAAGGCGAAGCACGGACGACUCUGGGAGCCACUCCAGCUGUACUUGGAAGACAAUCUCGCUUAAUGGAGGAGUAAGAAUAGCAUGGCAAGGCCAUCCGACGCCCGUCCGAUGUGUCCUGGCUGCGGGCUACAGGAGCGACGGGAGGGUAUGCGCUCUCCGCGCCACCGACCCUAAGAACACCAACGAAAGAUUGCCUACCCUCAGACUAUCAUCUGCCGAAAAAAGGCCGAUACCUCACAUCGAACCACCGGGCCAUCGCGAUACAGGCCUGGAGGCGGGAGUAAUCUACUUCAUCAAGCCCCCAAAGACGAAGUAUGGCGAAAAUCCACAAUAUUUCGUGGAGGACCCAUACGAUAACGAAGGAUACGGCACCGGCAGUGCGAUGCGCGUGGUCUACUUUGCACCCGCAAGAGAGAGGCCGCGAUAUAUCGAAGUUCACCGAAACGACAUCGACCUGAACCCCAAGCGAAGCCACAGAAACACCAUGCUCGAGCUGCAGCUCUCGCACCAGCUCCAGCAUCUUCGGAUCGCCUUCUCGUCGGCAUCGGACCUGCAGCUCUUUACCGAGACCCUUUUCAGACACGAGCCUCCUGCAGUGCUGACGGUUCCCCGUGCCUCCUCGCAGUACGCUGAUGGGCCAGCGCCCGCACCCUGGGCCAGCCCCUAG